AUGAUGGAGCAGAUCAGCGACUACCUCUUCAGGUACAAGAACCACAACUUUCCCAAGACAGCCACCAGUGCUGAGCACAUUGAUUCUCUGCAAAGCUUUGAGAUCCGUGACAGUGACAUAUUCCUGGUCACUUAUCCAAAGUCAGGCACUAUAUGGGCUCAAAACAUCAUCAUCUCCGUUUUGGAGCGAGACAGUGGUCUACAGGCGUAUCCCCACAACUGGAAGCACAUGCCAUGGAUAGAGCAUAUGAUCAAUGAGGAGGACUUCUCUCUGCGACCUUCUCCACGACUCUUUACGUCUCACCUCAGGCCCGCUCUCAUGCCUCCAGGCCUGAAGAAUAAGAGGGCAAAGAUUAUCUAUGUGAUGCGGAACCCAAAGGACAACGCCAUGUCCUAUUACCACUUCAGCCGUGAUUAUGUCCCCUGGGAGACCCCCAAGAGCUUUGAGGAUUUUCUGGAGAAAUAUCUGGUGGGAAACGUUGCUGGAUCAUCCUGGUUUGAUCACAUCAGGGAGUGGCAUGCUGAGAGAGACCAGUACAACAUCCUUUUCCUGACAUAUGAGGAGAUGGUUUUGGACCUGAAGGCAGCAAUAAUUAAGAUAUGCAAAUUCUUAGAGAAAAGCAUCAGUGAGGCAGUGGUUGAUCAAAUUGUUGAGAAAACUACUUUCAAGAACAUGAAGAAUGACCCAAAAGCCAAUUAUCAGUUCCUGCCAAAAGAAAUACUCAAAGGACAAUUCUUGCGCAAAGGUAAGAUUGGUGACUGGAAGAACACCUUUACUGUGGCCCAGAGUGAGAGGUUUGAUCAGAUCCUUCAGGAGCGACUGGGUGAUAUGGGACUGAAGUUCAUCUGGGACACUGAGCUGCCACCACAACCUUAGAAGA